UGAAAGGUUGAGAACAGGUAGCUAGCUAGGAAAUGACUAUGAACACAGUGCGUUUUCUUAAUAUAGCCACCAGCUAGAGCAACAUCUGCCAACUUUAAAUUGCCUUUCUCUUGAUUAUCCCCGCGCGUCGCCAUGGACAACCGUUGUUAUUGCUGUGCAUCAAAGUUCAGUCUAUUUAAGAAGGAGUUGGGCUGUAAGAGCUGCGGCCGCUCCUUCUGCUCCGGCUGUCUGACUCUCAGUGCUGUGGUGCCUCGCUGUGGCAACACACAGCAGAAGGUCUGUAAACAGUGCCACGGUAAUCUGACAGGUGGGGAAUCUCCAAACGAUGCAGGGAAAUGGUCUCCGCCCGAAAACUACAAGAAACGGGUUGCUGCGCUGGAGGCUAAACAGCAGGGACAGUCGACGCAGCCUUCAGCACAAGGAGGCAGUAGAAACAAUAAAGCCUGCCAGCUACCAACUAAAGGCCUGAGUAAAGAAGAUAGGGCCAUCGCUGAAAGACUCCAAAAGCUGAAGGAGGAUACGGCACCGAAGUCCGUCCCGUCUGACAAGGAGCUGGAGUCUCGCCUUGCUGCUCUGAAAGCUCCCACCCGGCCAGUGCCUUCCGCAGAGGAGAUGGAGAAACGCCUGGCAGUUCUACGGGGUGAGACUCCACCCUCUCAAGCACCUGUGCAUAAGCCCCCAGAUAACAGGACUCAAACUGAGCAAGCCAAUGAUCUGAUUACUCAGAUGUCAGAGGAAGUUGCCAUAGACGAUCAGCAAACGGAUCCUGAAUGCAGUGUAGAUAGUCGUAUGAAUGAUCUAAACAAGGGGGAGGGAGGGACAUUGGAUGAGAACUUGGAGGAGAACCAGCAGGGGGACAAGCAGCUGGAAGCCGAGAAGGCUCAAGUCAUGGAGGAGGCCAUGGAGGAGCUGAGGAAGGAACGCCAUUCCCAGGAUCAGAUCCUCAACAUGGCCAAGAGGAUGGCGCAGCUGAAGGGGCGGGACCCAGACAAAGUUACUAUGGAGGACUUUCAGCAGCCUGACAGUGAAGAGGAGACGGAAGAGGAGGCUGUUAAGAGAGUGUUGAAACAGCUCUCUGAAGAGGCUGCAUUGGAUGAGGCGAGUGGAUACAACAUACCUUUAGAACCCAGUGGACCAAAGAACACAGAAAUGAAGAAACAGUCAAAGACACAGUCCCAGGCUCCAGCGCCCAAGAGUAAGAUUUCCACAGCUGCUGUUGCACAUCAGCCAUCAGACAGCGAUGAGGAGGAGCUUCCGUGGUGUUGCAUCUGUAACCAUGAUGCAACUAUUCGCUGUCACACCUGUGAUGAAGACCUAUACUGCCACCGCUGCUUCAGGGAAGGCCAUGACAAAUACGACAGGAAGGAGCAUCGCACCACCAACUACACUGCGCCAAAGAAGAAGAGGAAGACUUGAUAGUGAGAAGCGCUGUAGGCGUAUCGUGCUCUGGUCAUUUAACAUCAUUGUUAAUAAAACAGUAUCGUAGAAGAUUUAAACACUACCUAUUAUUAUCCAAUAACAAUCCAGGAGGCCUCAUUCUAACCUCCACAAAUGUAACCGCAUAGACUCCAGGAAAAGCAGCAUCUUCUUUCUGUAAUUGUUAAGAGGGAUCUAAAAACAAUGGGCAAUGUUUAUGGCUAAGCAACGCCUGGAAAAUAGACAUACGCUUUAAUGUGACGCAGUAAGUUUAAUGUGAAAAAACCAAGCCCCUAUUUCUUCCUGUUAUGGUAUUUUAGCAAAACUGCUCAGCUGCUGCAUACAAACAUUUUUAAAUUGUUGAACCGAAUUGGACGCUUUUGUGUUUUCUAUUAUCACUUGUUUUACUUCCCAAAGGCAACAAAGGCUCACCAUGGACCCACCCACGCACACACAGACCGCAGCCACAUCACAAGCUCAUCUGGUAUAAUGUACAAUCCCAGACUUCUGUCAACUCUGGACUGAUCAAGCACAGAGGAGUCAGUCUAACAGGAUUACAGAGGGCUUUGUUCUCUCCUGGCAGCCGCUGCCGUCACUCGUGUAAUCUGCGUUUGGCUGCAACUGCCACAUGAUUGUUCAUCGUGUGCAAUUCCAAGAUUAAGGAUACAAAGGUGUUACCGGGCCAUCUCGACGAAUAUGACCUCACCAACGUGUCCCAGGCAUGGUUAGGAGUGUUGUCUUACACCAUAGAUGGCUUCUGUGUCAGAGAAGCCAAGAGUGGACGUGGGGGGCGGCGAACAAAGCAAAUUACUAUAAUGGAGGCCUCAGCCUCAGACCCUCUGCGUAUGACAGGGAGAGGGCCGGAGAGCGGUUUCGUCAGCGUGCAUUACUGUCAAGCAAACUGAGGGGAAAUAAUUACCUUCCUCUGGGGGCUUUACUCCAUUAAGGUUUGCGUGGGGGCCGUUUCUGUGUUUUGCUUGUCUGGCCGCGCCGCACACGCACCGCAAACAGGAAAUGGAUGAGGAUAAUGGACGCUUACUUAAUGGACGUUGCUGCUACUGAUUCCACUGUGUUUACUCCUACAUUUGACAUGUCAACGUCUCCUUUGUUUGCAUCCGUCUGCUGAAAGAUUUACGCCGGAUAAUGGAAGCUUGUAUUCCCGGGAAGGACACGCUGACGGCUAUAGUUACGUCUUCCAGUCGCCUGGAGACAGUAGGACAUAUAACACUUCUUUAAAGGCAAAUAAGGUUUAGCAAUAAAGAGUAACUCUGUUAACAGUUUAUUUGGUUCUCUAAAUCAAUGGGUGUAAUGUACAAGUCAAUAUUUAUUUGUACGUGUGGAGUGAAUGAUGCCUGAUGGUACUUUGUGGGGGAACCAGAUGCAACCUUCAAGUCAUCAACAGCCCUCUCUUGAAAAUGUUCCAUUUUAUUUUGACUCGAGACACUGUUAUCGGAACAAAAAUAUUUAUGUACAUCAAAUAGGCAACCGAAAAUGUACAGCCUUACACAAAAAGGCAGUCCCUCGGAGUAAUAGUACAACUUUUACCACAUGUGCGUUAAUGGGAGACAACAUGUUAUAGCAGCCGGGCAAUUCAAGUGAAAUAAUUUUAUAAGUCCAUUCAAAAGCCGACUGCUCGGGAGUUAAGACCUAUGCUGACCCGAGACGGGUGAGGGGGGGGGGGGGCAGAGGACAGGAGGAGUCCCACUCACAUGGUACACUUGAUGCAUGGAGAUGGAGAGAUGGCCGGGUAAGAGGCUCCACAUUGUCUCAUGCCUUUGUCUGACCUGUAAUCAUUUCUUCAAAGAACCCGACAUCUUGCGUAGACCUUUUAUCCUGUAGAGCAGCCCGUUGAUAAAGUCCUGAAGGGAAGUCGCAGCAGCAAUUACACACUAGGCAGUGAACUGGUAAUCAAGCGAUACCUCUUUUAUCAAACAGUUUACUGUCUUUAUAUGCUUGUGUCCGGUAUUGCGUAAGUUUAAUUGGUCUCACCUCUUUUGGCUUUCCGCAUUCAUGCAAAAGCUCCUAACAAAGAAAAGAAAAAAACAACAGAUAUAUCCUCAGGGGCAACAUUGAGCAAUUGUUUUGCGAGUUCCAGCAAAGGUUCAAGUGCUUGUUAAGCUUUUACCCCACAUUGCAAACACUUAGUAUGUAUGUCGAAACUCUUCAGCCUGACUGUUGGAUUUCUGGGACUGUGAUUGUUGUUUGAAGAAUAAAUGACUGAAUAUAGAAAUAA